ACUUUCAGUGCACGUCAGUGGAAUUGCUUGCUUGAACGAUUUCUUUCUGAUUUCAACAUAUAGUCAAUUUUAAACCAAUUUUAUAUCUUGUCACUGUAUAGUAUUAAAAAUUAGAGUAAGCUGCAGUUAGGAACUGCAAAAUAACGAUUAUUUUGUGACUUUCGUGUGUAGAGAGAUUCAAAAUGUCCAGUGACACAGCGAACAAAAACUUCUCAAACCUGGAGACGCCAGGGUACGUCGGGUUUGCGAAUCUGCCGAACCAGGUCCAUCGCAAGUCGGUGAAGAAAGGAUUCGAGUUUACAUUGAUGGUGGUUGGCGAAAGCGGGUUGGGCAAGUCGACUCUCGUCAACUCCCUAUUCCUUACUGAUCUCUACCCUGAACGAGUGAUCCCUGAUGCCAUUGAGAAGACGAACCAGACAGUGAAGCUGGACGCGUCGACGGUUGAGAUUGAGGAGCGCGGGGUGAAGCUGCGCCUCACCGUGGUAGACACGCCGGGGUACGGCGACGCCAUCGAUAACACCGACUGUUUCCGCUCCAUAAUCCAGUACAUAGACGAACAGUUCGAGCGGUUCCUGCGCGACGAGAGCGGCCUAAACCGCCGCAACAUCGUCGACAACCGCAUCCACUGCUGCUUCUACUUCAUAUCGCCGUUUGGACAUGGGUUGAAGCCAUUGGACAUAGAGUUCAUGAAGCAACUGCACAACAAGGUGAAUAUCGUGCCUGUCAUCGCGAAGGCCGACUGCCUCACCAAAAAGGAGGUGCAGCGGCUCAAGACCAGGGUGAUGGAGGAAAUCGAAAGGGAAGGAAUCAAGAUCUACCCGCUGCCGGACUGCGAUAGCGACGAAGACGAGGACUACAAGGAACAAGUCCGGCAACUGAAAGCGGCCGUGCCGUUCGCGGUGUGCGGCGCGGGCCAGCAGCUGGAGGUGCGCGGGCGCCGCGUGCGCGGCCGCCUCUACCCGUGGGGCGUGGUCGAGGUCGAGAACCCCGACCACUGCGACUUCAUCAAGCUCCGGACCAUGCUCAUCACGCACAUGCAGGACCUGCAGGAGGUGACGCAGGAGGUGCAUUACGAGAACUACCGCUCCGAGCGCCUCGCCAGGAACGGACAAGUGCCCAAGCGUCACACGUCUACAGAGAGCGGACUGAGUGAAGCGGACUCGAAUGGUAUCACCAACGGUUCCUCGGAGGACCCAACGGAACGCGAGAGGGCGCUCCAGGAGAAGGAGGCGGAGCUGCGUCGCAUGCAGGAGAUGCUGGAGCAGAUGCAGCGACAGAUGCAGCUGCAGGCGGCCGGCGCCACCACCACAGCAUAGUGCCCGCACACACACCAGCGGGGCGCGAGCAGCGGCCGGCUGGCGGCGUGUGGGGUGGUGGACUCCAUCCUGCGCGCCAUCCCAUACUGCCUCUCUACGUAACUACACUCUGCCACUACUUUACUGAUAACGUGGCCCAAAACGUAUCGCCUAACUAACCCACGUAGUGUCCGCAUCUCGGCAUACACUAGCUCUUAUUUCACGUUGAUAAUGGAUUUAGAAACUAGUUAGCUGUGACUCUCCAAACAAGCUUGACUCUCCAAGAAGAUCCAGCGAACCCAUAGGGUGCAAUCUUAUCGAAAUGGAGCCAUGCAGACACGCACAGGAAUCGAUCAUUCACAGCGGUACGAAAAGCGUUUUUUUUUUAAUUUAUUUAGCUUUGGCGACAUGGCCAUCAGCUUAAAAAGAAACGUUAGUUACAAUCUUAUUAACAAUACAUUAAUGAAACUUAUGUCUAAAUGAAAAAGAAAGGCGAAUAUAACCAUCGACUUAAAAAAAAAGAAAAGUAACUUAAUUCUAAAUACAAUACAAAGAAGAAAAUAACAAAUUUAAGAGUACGAGAUAUUUACAAAGCGUUUUAUUCAGUGGGAACAGAUCUUAAUAAUGUCAACAUAGGAAGGAACGGCGUAUAUCCAAGAUGCUGAUUCAUUAGCUAGCGAAAUCGCUGCACUACAACGGCGAUAAGUUUAGGGACCUUAACAUGUUUAAGUAUACAAAAACUGGACUAUACAAAUAGUGAAAGUAACCCAUUGUUGAAACUAAAUGUGACUUUGAAGCUAUUUACGUUGUUUAUAUUUGGGUUUGGAACUGCCGAGCUUUUUCUGACGAUACGAAAUAAAGAAAAGUAUUUAAUGAAAUCAUAAAUAUAGGCUUAUGAACUGUUGACCUUAAAGCUAUUUUGUAAUAAUGAUCAAUCAGGAAACGCUUAGCAGUUUUUGAGUAAGUAAGGAGCUACACACAUUCAUACUUAAAUAUUGGCGAUAAAUAUGUCUUCUAAGCAGAAAUGAUUACAACAUGCUGUCAUUGACUACGUUUGUGUGUGAUGUGGCGGUAAGCCCUAGUAGUUCAAAUCUCUUCAAGCCAAUACUUUUAGAUUUUCAUAAUUUGUGACAAUAACUUCGAAACGUAAACGAGUUGAAGUGAAUUAAUUAUAUUAUCAUUUAUUUACUGUAUUAUUUUCGAAUAAACUUUAAUAUUAUGUUUAGCAGAAAAUAUCGAUAUAUUAAAUUAUAGAUUUCUCUCUGUAGAUAUUAAGGAAACGCAAUAUAAAUGUUAUGUAUUUAGUAUACAAACAAAUUCCUAAUAUGCAAGCUUGUCUUAGCACAAGUUUUAUACCUAUCUUAGUACCAUGGACAGAUUAAUAUAGGAAUAGGAAUGUCUGGAGGGCGAAGCGUCACUUUAUAUAGAGCGGUGAUCCGAAAGUUAUCGAGAUACCAGACGAAGCAGAGACGCAUCGAAGUAUAGGCAUUGUUGGUCCUUAAUUAAUUGUUCCACGGUAACACGUAGUAAUAAAGGGACGAUAAAUGACAUGUCGUUGAAAAAGUAUAUGCGCACUUGUAGUAUUUACAGGAGAUAUAUAAUGUACAUCAUUGUAUGUUUCUAUCUUGCUUAUGAUACCACAUGUGUGCUUGUAUGGUCACGAGUACUUAUAUGCAUACACUUUGAAACCAAGUCACAUUAACUUUUUUGACAAAUUGAACCGUAAGGCUCAUUAAAUGUCAAAUAUGAUAGUGCGACAGGGUUCUAAAGUGGGUACAUGAUAUUGCUCAUGUCAUGACUGUACUGGAGAACGGGUUGUCAAUCGUGGCCUCAUGUUGAUCUGAUUUUAUAAUAAUUAAUGUGUCCCCUUGUGCCAUUUCAUUUAUAUUAUUACUACGCAUAGUCCAAUACGAGUCGAACUGAAUCUAGUUAUUACCUUUUGAAAUAAUGACUUACUUAAUAUGUUCUUUAUGAAAAACACCACGCGAAUCUUCAAUAAUUUUGUUAUUCCCCGAUUAUAUAAGUAUUAUUUGCGUGUAUAAAUUGAAAUUUUUAUUCCAACGACUGAUUUUAAGUUUUCCAUUCUCGAGUAUUUUAUUUUUUACUAGAAUUAAGAUUUUUUUGUAUUAUGAACAAUUUUGUAUUUAAACUAUAAACAAACUGUUUGUCAACGAGUGUCAAAGGAAGGCUGAUCUGUGCUGGAUUGUGACUGCAAAUUGAAUGACUUAAUAGCUACAUUACUGAUGGUAUAGUUAUAUUACAUUAUAUGAAAUUCUAAUUAAUGUAGACAUUUAAGAAGACUUAUUGAAGUUAGAAGCAUUUACGGAUUCGUCAAUAUCAUUUUCCAUCUCAAAUAUAUAGAACUCUGAACAUUGGAGCAAGUAGAGAUUUCUUAGGCUAGCUAGUAUUCCAUUAACACCGCAUCGUCACUUCCGUUUAGUGACAUGACGGUGAAACACGAUACUCUUCCAAAUAAAGUAAUGAUUUGACGAAUCAUAUUCCAAUAUUGGUGCAUUUAUUUUAUAAUGUAGAUACAACUUUCCAAGUAUUUCCUAUAAAAAUAACAGAUUUCAUGACAAAUUAGAUAUUUUAAAGAUAAUAUUGGCUAGAGUAGAACCUUAAAAUUCUAGAUAUUAAAUUGGUGCCAAAGUUCUGUCUUAUCGGUGAUAUGAUGAUCGAAAUAGAUGUAAUAUACCAACGAACAGUUCCCAGGCAUGUUUGCAAGUUUACGAACGACUGUAGGAUACUCUUAUGUAAUCAAUCAUUAUAUUUUUUUAAUAAAAUAAAUUAAGCAUGAUCAAGAA